AUGGAGCCUGAGGCGGCUGGAGGUAGCGGCGACGCUCAGCAGGCGGAGAGCGCGGGAGAGUGGCUGGAGUUUACAGCCCUGGAGAAAGCAACUUCUCUCAACGAGAUGGGGACGAGCGAGAACCUAUCCCCGAAGGCGAUGGCUGAGCGAGAGGAGACGGUUGUGGCGGAGCUGCGGAGCUGCCCCCGUACGUCGGACAAAGAGGAGGCUUUCCCGGCCCGCGGCCGUCUUGCUAAGGUCCACUCUCAUGUCUGGAUGCUUGGGUGCAUGGCGAAAGCUCUAAUGGGAGCCUAUGGGCUGCAUCUUCUGAUAGCAAGCGGUUGUGUGCUCCUUGUACAUGUUGCUGGCAGUUUCUCAUCUCACGUGGCGCCAUUGGUGAUUCGAGGGGGUGGAAUAGGAGAUGCGAACCAGACCCUGCCGAUACGCAAAGACCUCUAUCACGUGCAUGGAGAGGAGGUAUAUGAAAGGCUGUGGCUAGAACAGAACGAGGUCAAGAAAGAAAGGGAGAAGGUAGGUGAGCAAAUAGAUAGUGUAGAACGAGAGAUCAAGGACGUUGAGGCAGAGCAGAAGGACUUGAACAAGAAGGCAGAUUCACUACUUCAUGACAAGGGGGCCAACAAGAAGCUCAUCAAGAAAAUAAUGAAGGAUAUCAAGUACCUUCGAACAAAAAAAGAGCACCUCCGAACAAAAGAGGAGCAACUUCGAACAGAAGAGGAGUACCUCCUAAAGAAAGAGGAGCACCUCCUAAAGAAAGAGAAGUACCUUCGAGAGAAUGUGAAAGACGAGGUCAAGAGCCUUCCCUGGAUAGAGACAAUUUUGGAUCUUAGUCAAGCAGGAUUCAGUGAGGAUCGCAAAAUUUUCACCAUCGAUCGAGCAUUACUGAAUCCAAGUCCUGGGCCAGCAGGGCUGCUGAUGCUCUACUGCAGGGAAAGCUUCAAUGAGCAAUGGCGUUUCCUUGAGGAGAAGGUGUGCAAGGAAGGAUGUUUGGGUUGGAUCUUAGGCCCUCCGGGGACAGGGAAGACGACAACGACGACAUGUUUCCUGCUAUCGCAAAGCAUGGAAGCGAGAUGGAGGGUGAUGUUUGUACGACUCUGGAAGGCGGGUCCUGUUAGCCUGAUACAGGUGGUUGACGGGAAAGAGAGAAGGUGUGACUUUACCAUGAAGAGAGCAGGGGACGAGAUAGAGGACUUCCUUAUGGGAUGGGGAGAGGUCAGCGAAAAGCACCUUCUGUCCUUGGACGGUUACAUGGAGGAGAAUCCAGACCAUAAUAACAUGAUAAGCAUCUGCAUGUUAUGGCGCCGUCAAGACUGGGAGAAUCGACGGCUUGUCAUCACGACAUCGAUGGGUGCUCGAACAAAGGUGUAUUCUGAGCAAGAUAUGAUAGAAAAGAUCAAGGAAAUGAAAAUAUACUCGUGGAUGCUCGAGGAGUACAAGGAAGCCGUCAAGCACGACCUUCUGUAUAAGAGUGUUGCUAACAUGAUGGGGAUCAGCUUGGAAACGAGGAAUACGAUAAGAAAGCAGGAGACCGAACAGGAGAGAAGAGCUCGAGAGGUUGAGUCCAAAUAUCAGAUUGUUGGAGGCUCAUGUCGGUACAUGUUCCAAUGCACGACUGCAGAGGCAAUUGAACAACUGUGUUUCGCGAUGGCUUCUGUGGAUAAUUUUGAAAUGCUGAUGGAUUUGAAAACGGGAGACCGAGCAAAGCUGAUGGUGAAUCUGCUGCAUGGAAUGUAUCGUAUUGGAGACAAUGUGCACUGGGGGCUUGUCAGCAGAUUUGUCGCCACGGAGCUAGCGCAGAGGCUUGGAGAAACUUUUGUGAGAAACAUCGAGCAGUUGGCGGGGAUCGCUAAGAAUCCGAUACUUGGUGGUGUGUUGUUUGAGAUGCUAUUCUUUGCUCGGAUAGGAAACGAGCAAGGGCUACGUGUGACCAGUAGGACAGGAGAAGAAGCCAGUUGGGAGAGCCUUGCUGUGAAGACUUUUGACCCAACACAACUCUAUACGUCCGGAAUCGAGAGGAGUGUAUGCCUAAAGCCAAUAGCUUGGAAUCAGGGCGGCUACGACGCGGUGAUUCUAGAUCUAAGGGAGAGGAUAGUGCGCUUUGUGCAGGUGACAGCGGCAAGCAAGCAUGACUUGAGACUGCAGUACUUUGCAGACUGCAUGGAUGCCUUGAGCAUGGAAAGAUGGGGUCAAUGGAAGUUGGAGAUUGUUUUCGUCGUUCCAAAGGACAAUCUUGCAAACUUCAGGCUGAGCGAGGUGGUCGAAGAGGGCGCGCUCGCGAAGUAUGGUUGGAGAGCCGGUGAGGAAACGAGCAAAGUGCGUGUAGUUGGGAUGGACCCUAGACCACAAGGAUGGAGCAGCAGGAUAGGACCAUGGAACGAGGAGUACAGUUGA